AUGGCAACGCAGCCUCUCCAAGCCAGCAAUACGAAACCGCUGGAUGUUGGAAGUGGUCAAGAAGCCGAAGAAGAAGAGUUGAAACUUAGUGCGUAUGUUAUAGAAAUGUGCCACACCGAAUUUUGCCGCCCUGACCAAGAGCUGACUGCGCAGAUCAAUGAACUUUUCCCAACAGAGCAAUCACUGGCUCAGCUAGAUACAGUAAUAGCUGCCGUGGAGGCUGAAAUCCAUGAUCUCGACGUAGAAUUGGCAGCCUUGGUAGAAUCACAUGACGAGGUUGGAGCACAGGGCGAGGCUGCUUUGCAAGAGGCACAGAAAGCAAUGUCAGAGUUGGAACGUCGAAUCGACAGUAUACGAGGGAAAACUAGAUCGUCUGAUGAGAUUGUUCGAGAAAUGACGAGAGAUAUCAAGCAAUUGGACAUUGCAAAACGAAAUCUGACGUCAUCUAUCACUACUUUACAUCAUCUGCAUAUCUUGCUUACGGGUGUUGAUUCAUUAGCUGUUUGGGUGGAUCAACGUGACUACGCUUCUAUUGCCAGGCAACUACCUGCAAUACUCAAUGUUUUGCAACUGUUUGAUGAUUUUCAAGAAGUCGAGCAGAUGGCAAAGAUAACCAACAGGCUCAAUAAGUUGAAACAGGCUCUCACGGUUCAGCUAGCUGGUGACAUGAAGGCUGUUUUCCAGGCUGGGCAGUUAAGUGAACGAGUAACUGAUAUGUGUCGAGUGGCAGCUGCCUUGGAGGGAAGUGUGAAGUCAAAUUUCUGUCGUUGGUUUAUUGACCAGCAAUUGUCUGAAUACACUGUGCUAUAUGCAGAGAAUGAAGAGGGAGCGUGGCUCGAUAAAAUUGAAGAAAGGUAUAAGUGGUACGUACGCAAAUUGACGGAUUUCGAAAGAACGGGCCUCGCCAAAGUCUUUCCGCCCGACUGGGAUAUGGGACGGUUGAUGACAAAGGAAUUCUGCAAUGUGACAAGAGAUGUUUUGUAUCGAAUGAUGACCCGUCGACGUCCUGAUCUGGAUUUUCGCUUACUUGGUCAUGCUAUUCAACACACAAGAAUGUUUGAAGCUCUGCUCAUCAAGAGAUUUCCAUCCAAGCCUGAUUUUAAUUUUGACAAAGCGAUUUGGAGUGUCUUUGAUUCGUUCCUCGAUGUCUUCAUAAGCGCUCAAGAAAAAACUCUGAAUCAAUUUCUGGAGGACUGUGCAAAUAAGAUCAGGUCCGGUUCAUCAGCUGAGGUUCCUUCUCGAGAGUGCUCCACUCACGCAGUUCCAUUCUCAUCAUCUGCUGACAUGUUCUUACUGCUCAAAAAAGUUAUUACUGAGUGUAGUAAGCUCAGUAGUGAACCAGAUGCUUUAUUGAAAGAUGUAGUGGGCGUCGUUCGGGUUUGUCUGCGUAACUAUGCCCAUGGAUGUUUAACAGCAUUCUUACCCACAGCUCAUGGACAGCAAAGUGGAAGCAGUACGGCGAAUUUAUUCAAUCUGAUACGGGAGGAUACGACUCUAUCAGUGCCGCCUUCAAUAUUGAGCGCCGAUCAACAGUUCCUCACCUGUUGUAUAUUGGCGACAGCAGAUUGGUGUGCAGAGACGACCUUACAACUUCAAGAGAAGCUUGCACAGAGGCUGGCUGGAGUUGACCUGAGUCAAGAAAUGGAAACUUUCUAUGGAAUCACCAAUCAGGCCUUAGCCGUGCUAGUGCAGGAUCUUGAAGGAACUUGUGACACAGCACUUCAAGCUAUCUCAAAGAUCACGUGGUCAACAGUAGACGGUGUUGGUGAUGAGUCCCCGUUCGUAGGUGCAAUUCGAUCGCAUCUUCGCGCUGCGAUACCUCGACUUCGUGAUCUGUUAUCCGAUAGAAGGAAAUAUUUUGCUCAUUUGUGCUUGAAAUUGGCUACGCAACUAUCUCACAAGUUCGUAGGCGCGUUGUUCAGGUGUAAGCCGAUUAGCACUCAUGGUGCCGAACAAUUGCUGCUUGAUACACAUUCUCUGAAGUCGUUCCUCCUUCAAAUGCCUUCUAUUGACAGUGCAGUAGCUGCAAAGCCGCCAACGGCAUACGUUGGAGGUGUGAGUGCAGCAUUGAAUAAGGCGGAAAUGAUCCUGAAGGUAGUAAUGUCAAAUAUGGAUACACCUGAAGAUUUCGUGGAACACUAUUCAACUUUGCUGCCAGACUCUAAUACUUCGGAAUUGCAAAAGGUUCUCGAUAUGCGUGGUGUGAAGAAAGUGGAGCAGACUGCUAUCCUACAAGCCUACAGGCAAGUAUAUUUUGUUUUAAGGCAAAAGUUUGGAGCUGCUGCUGAUGCUGCGCCAACGGUUCCUGUCGGAAUGGGCAAUGCACUAUCUGCAACGCAGGCAUUGAAUGCUGUCGUGUCGAUGGCAGCGGACGGGUUGGCCGAGACGACAAGUAUGAGGAGACUCGAAAAGCUUGUCAAGAGAAAUUUUUAG